GCUUAUCAAACAUUAAAAUGUAAUACACGGUUUCGAUAAGUAGCCAGUAAUCGAACCAUCGCUUCGCAAUUUUUUUUAAAGUGUAAAUUCAGCAAAUCGCCGAUCACUUUCUACGCACAGUACGAUUUUUUUUUCUCAACACUAUGCAUAUUUUUAUAUUGUAAAUUCAGCAGUAGUAGGUGAAUGAGCAUGCAUUAUUGUCAGCGACUAAUCAAUCGACAAAAGCUACUCUACAAUACAAAGAAAAAAUACAGGCCAUUCAGCACUAACCGCCAUACAGAUCUAUCAAUCCAGUCGGACUUUGUCUCUAUAGCCUUGACCUCCGAACAAAAGGAAAAUAUGCAGAUCAUAGUGAAACCGUCUUGGUUCGCGUUUACCCUCUUAAUUAUUUAUGUGAACCUUAGUCAGCAACAGCCAUCAACAAAAGCAUUGCCUGGAACUAGUGAAACGUGGGAACAAAUUAUAAAAGGAAAUAAAGUAUACGUUGAUAAAACAAAGUACUUACGAGAAAUGUUGGAAAGUUGGCCUACUCGAGCAUUCUGGCUGCUUACAAGGCCACGUCGAUUCGGCAAGUCUGUAUUCGUACGAAUGGCUAAGAACUUUCUUCAAGGAAAUGACGAAUUGUUCAAAGGUCUCGAUAUUUACAACGAUGGAAAUACCAAGUUUUUCAACGCAUGUUGUGGGAAGAUAUACGAUUCAGCGUGGACCCAGUUCCCUGUUCUUCAUUUGGAUUUCAACGAAAUAAACGAAUUUAAUACGUUCGAAGAACUUAAACUUCGAUAUAAAAGCUUGCUGGAAGCUGCAGUGAAAUCCUACGGAAGUGAUCCAACAACGUUAACAUAUUGCGGCAUGAGCGAUGUUAUCACUGAAUUGUAUUUACACUCCAACAGAUCACCAGUUAUGGUUCUCAUUGACGAAUACGAUAAACAAUUUCAUACAGCAAAGUACGUAUUGAAGAAUGAUACGUUGGCUAAAAGAAUUGCGCUGUUUAUGACUGAUAUUUUAUCCGAAGUGAAAGGCAGUUACGGAUCGGGAAAGGUGGGAUUUGUUUUUGUCACCGGUGUUACAAAAGCAGUGCUACAAAUUACAGAAAGUGGCGCUGCUAAUGAUUUCGAAGAUGUUACAUACGAUAGCCUUUUCAACGACGCAUUUGGUUUCACAGAGAAUGAAAUCCGUUCAUAUAUGCGAGAUCAUCUGACCGAGUUCGCUCGUGAGAAAACCUACCUCCCAGAGGACGACGAAUCGCCCGAAGACCAAAUUAUGAAGGAUUUAAAAGACAUGUACGACGGUUACCGAUUCCAUAUAAGAAAUAAUUCAGCCACCAAGAUUUUUAACCCUGUGUCCGUGAUUGAAAGUCUGACGAAUAAAGAUUUACAGAAAUACUGGUGUGCCACCAGUUCAAACGAAUACGUGAUUGAACGAUUGUACGAAGAAUCAAGGGAUUGUUACUUACACGAUGACAUCCAUGGAUAUGUAUUUGAAGUUGUGGAACGUGAUGCCCUUAAUGCCAGGAAUUCGAUCGAAGUUUCUACAAAAUUACCUAUUUAUAUGCUCACGUACGGUUACUUGACUGUCAAAAAUUAUUCAGCAGAAAGAAACGCGAUUGAUUUAACUUUUCCUAAUACUGAGAUGAAGGAUUAUAUUAGAAUGGAAUUAGAGGAGUACCGACCGCCCCGACAUAAAGUGUAUAAACACUAACUUUCUGCAUCAACUGAUGAGCUUCAGGUUGCCUUUGAACAAUGAACUAUGGCAACAUAUGGACGAUUGCAGGUAGGUAAGUAUAGAUAUAACCGAAUUCACGACCCUAGACCUACCUACGAGAUAAAAUCCUUGGUAAAAUUUCGAGCAAUUUUGUUGUAAAAUGAGGUUCGUCAUCUUGUAAAGAAAUAUAGGUAUGUAGGUGCCAAGGUAAAUAAAUACUACGAUAGUAUUUAUUUACCUUAUGUACCUACUUUUCAAUUCGUCACUUCGGAUUUUCGAUUCAUCGACUGAUCUUAUGGUAGUAAGUAUUGAAUUUUCAGCUGCCGAAGGUGAUUUGCAACGCCUUCUGGAGCGAUUUGGAAUUGCUGGAGAAUAGACAAUUUCUGCUUGAGGGUCCAGAUCGGUCCAAGAUGGUGGCAAUCGAUAGGAGGGGUGAGUUGGUGAAAUCACUUGAAUGAUCCAAACAUUUUUCUCAUUUUUGGCGAAUUUUUCGAAAUCGGUAACUUUUUGCCCAAAAAUCAAGAGUGGCGAAUUCAAUGUACAAAGUAAGAAAAUGUUUGCAUCAUUAAAAUGACUUCAAUAACCCAUAGUGUUAGAAUGGACGAGCAAAACAUGUUAUUACUUAAUAGGUCAAAUUGCCUAUCUUCCAAAUUGUGGGGGCAAACACUACGAUGCCGAUGGCAAAAAAAAACAGGCCACAACGAGUUUUGAAUAAAAAAUUUUCAUAUUAUACUUACAGUAUGACACAAAAGUAAUGCACAGUGGCUUUUAUUUCUAAGUGGAAAGAGCUAGCGAGAUGAAUGAAGCGACGUUUACAUGCACAGAGUGUCCACAAAUUAAAAACCGGGUUGGUCAAAAAAUUUAAACUGGUUUUUAUUGGCGCAAUGUAUUCUACACACUAAAGUGACAAAAACGUGAUAUGAAUUUUUUUAAACCGGUUCAUUAAUUUGCAACCAGUUGACAAAAAACACCCAAAAACUGUAGAUAGAGAAAACAGAUUGAAACAAAAGUUGUAGAGCGUGAAAAAUUACACAAUACUGUCAAAUCACAUUUUGAAACCGGUUCAUUGGUUCAUAUUCAGCAACCAGUUUUUGAUAAUCACCUAAAAAUUGGAGAUAAUUAAAAAAGCUUGAAACAGAAGUAGUGGAGCAUAAAAAAUUGAACCAUUUCCGCUGAUCAGAUUUUGAAACUGGUUUAUUAAUUUGCAACCAGUUGAUAAGAAUUACCUAAAAAUUAGAAAUAGGUACAGAAAAAAACUUGAAACAAAAGUUGUAGGGCGUGAAAAAUUGAACCAUUUUCGCUGAUCAAAUUUUGAAACCGGUUCAUUAAUUUGCAACCAGUUGAUAAGAAUUACCUAAAAAUUAGAGAUACAGAAAAAAGCUUGAGACAAAAGUUGUAGAGAGUGAAAAAUUACACAAUUCUGUCUAAUCACAUUUUGAAACCAGUUCAUUAAUUUGCAACCAGUAAUCAAAAAUUACCAAAAAAUUGGAGAUAGAGAAAAAAGCUUGAAACAAGAGUUGUAGGGCGUGAAACAUUGAACCAUUUUCGCUGAUCAGAUUUUGAAACCGGUUCAUUAAUUUGCAACCAGUUAUCAAAAAUUACCAAAAAAUUGGAGAUACUUAGAGAAAAAAGCUUGAAACAAAAGUUGUAGGGCGUGAAAGAUUGUACCAUUUUCGCUGAUCAGAUGUUGAAACCGGUUCAUUGAUUUGCAACCAGUUGAUAAAAAUUACCUGAAAAUUGGAGCAAUACAGAAAAAAGCUCGAGACAACAGUUGUAGGGCGUGAAAAAUUACACAAUUCUGUUCAAUAACAUUUUGAAACCGGGCCAUUGGUUCGCAUUUAGAAACCAGUUUUUGACAAUCACCUAAAAAUUGAUGAUAGAGAAAAAAGCUUGGAACAAAAGUUGUAGAGUGUAAAAAAUUGAACCAUUUUUGCUGAUUGGAUUUUGUAAAUGGCUAAUUAAUUUGUAACCAGGUAACUUUUGAUGGUUUGCUGCGAAUUAAUGAACCGGUUUCAAAAUCUGAUCAGCAAAAAUGGUUCAAAAACUGGUUGCUAAAUGUACACCAAUGAACCGGUUUCAAAAUGUGAUUAGACAGAAAUGUGUAAUUUUUCACGCUGUACAACUUUGGUUUCAAGCUUUUUUCUCUGUCUACAAUUUUUGAGUGUUUUUUGCCAACUGGUUGCAAAUUAAUGAACCGGUUUCAAAAAAAUCAUAUCACGUUUUUGUCAUCUUGGUGUGGAAUACAUUGCGCCAAUAAAAACCAGUUUGAAUUUUGUGACAAAAACCGGUUUUACAAUUGGCGGACACCCUGUGCAUGGGCCUGAAAUUUUCAAGGUCACUUUUAAAAGCCAUUAUUUUUCCCUACUCAACGCCGCUUCAUUCAUCUCGCUAGCUCUGUCCAUUUGGAAAUAAAAGCCACCGGCACUACUUUUGUGGCAUACUGUAUUGUAGAAGGUACGAGUAUGAAUAUGCAUGUGGGAGUUUAAUUAUAUUUGUAUCGCCGGUAUUCCAAAGUGACUUGAUAGAUUACAGCUUCCGAAGAACGAAGCUAGGAGAGCUGGGGGCCCAGCACUCUGUAUUGAUGAUUUUUUUUCAUUUCAAAUCGUCAAUUUCCUUGAAAUUUUCGAUUCAGUCAUUCAGUUUCGGAAUUUCUUGUCAGAAAAAAACUCUUUUCUCUCACUUCUUCAAAAAUUCUCGCACGAGUUUUCACCCUCACUCCUCGCUUGAGCAGAACUUCUUUCUUGUUUCUGAAUAAUUUUAUGUAUUUUUGCAAUGUUUGUCUCUCAUCAAAAAUGUUUCACUUCCUAAAUUAUGAUCUUUCGAAAGCUCUUGCCCUUGCUAUCGCUGUGUUCGGAUUUGAAAUUUUUGAAAAGCAUUUAAAUCCAGAAAAAUCAAUCUCUCGUGUCAAGAAUAACGUUUUUUCAAUCUCUUGGAGUAGAAAAAUUUCCAAAAUUUCUGCCCUAGCUUCACUCGAACCACUUUACAUUUUUUUCGAAACUUGAAAUUUUCUGAAAAUAUUACAGGUACAUUAAAUUUUAAAAAAAUCCAAUCUCACGCAUCAAAAAUAACUUUUUUUUACCUUUUGGAUUUAAAAUUUAUAAAGCUUAGUUUUUUUUAGUAACUUCCCAAAAAUGCCAUCAUCUUCCAUCUUUUGUUUACCUUAACUGCCUGAAAGAUUCUUUUCCAUGCCCGGAAACGCCCAUACAUAAGAUAUCUUCUUGCAGUUCCUUUUGUUAUGUAGACAGGGAUCUUCACUGCCUGUGUUGUAGAGACCAAACCACGAAGCUGAAACAAUAAAUGUACAAGUGAUAAAAAUGAUGCUUUACCUUUUAUUUAAACAGCUUUAGCUAGAUAAUGAAAUUCAAAUUACUUUUUCCUUUAAUUUCUUCGGCUCAUCCUGGAGCUCUUUUUUUCUUCCUCCGCUCGCUCAAUAAGCUUCUUGUUUUCUUUCUCCGCUCGUUCAAUGAAUUCUUUUUUCUCCCUCUCGGCUUGCUCAGCUCGUCGGGUUUGUUUCUGAAAUAAGUUAUUACACAGAUUUGCUAAUUACAUGAGGAAAUCUGUACACUACUCCACAAUAGUUUUCAGCUAGUAGUUUCAUAUCAUCAUCAUCAUGAAUAGUACUUAAAAUUGUCCCUUCAAUUUUGAAGAUAGGCAACUUGUUUAUCUUACUUUUUUUUAAUCGUACCCGAUUAUAUCCAAAUCUACAUCUCAAGUUUGUACUACCAUUCCACUCCCCGGACAGUGGACACCUUGUAUUGUAUAUAACAUUUUUUUCUUUAAUAAUUAUUUCAAUCGCCCGUUCUCCGGCGUUCUGCUAGGCCAUGAUCUACUGCGAUGUAUAGUUCAUCAGAAAUCAUAAAAUACUUAAUAAAAUAAUAUGUACCUAUUUCGUAAAAAUUUAGUUAAAAUGAAUUAUUAUUUUAUUUAAAAAAUAUUCCCUCAUUGAGCCAAAACAUUGAUGGAAAACUUGAAAACGUACGUUGAUUUGAGCAAAGUUUUAAAAGUUUCCUUUGUGAAUUUAUCACGUACGAAGGGAAUUCUACGAGGGCACAAGCUCAGGAAAUUUUCUAAUCCAAGACUGGAGCAAGAGAAAGUUAUUUUUUUAGAAUAGAAAUGUGAAGUGAUUCGAGUAAAACGAGGUAGAAAUUUUGGAAAAUUUUUCAAAUCCAAGAGAUUAAAAACGCGUUUUUUUUACACGAGAAAUUUAUUUUUCUGGAUUUAUAAAUGUGUUUUAAAAAUUUCAAAUCCAAGCACAGCGACAGCGAGAGUUUUCAAAAGUUCAUAAUUUAGGAAGUAUAACAAAUUGAAGAAGUGAGAGGAAGUGUUUUUUUUUCUGACGAAAAAUUCCCAAACUGAAUCGAAAAAUCGUUAAUACAGAGUGCUGGGCCCCAAGUCCUCCUAGCUUCGUUCCUCGGAAGCUGUAAUCUAUCAAGUCACUUUAGAAUAUCACGAUACAAAUAAUUAGAACCCUACUUGCAUAUUCAUACCUACUACAAUAAAAGACUUCUAUGUACCUACUUAUAUCUAUUGAAUUAUGCCUGUCUUCUUGAAUUAGAAAAUGGUAUUGCUAAUUUUUUGAUCAUUCUUUCUAAUUUUAUUAUUUAAAUUCUUUUACACGCUUUGUAUUGAAUUUAGUUUUAUUUUCAAUUUCUAUGUAACCUAAAUUGUGAAAUUGUUUCUGAAUUCAAGAUAAUUACAAAUUUAUCGACCAUAAAUUUUUAAUAAAAAAUUCAUAUUUUGUUACAAGAUAAAUACUUUACACAAAUUGUGAAAUUUUGAAAAUGUUUCUAGGUUUAAGAUUGUGAAUUCAGAUUUAUUGACCAUGAAUUGUUUUUUCCCUCUUGAUUUGUACCUGCGAAUUACUCCUGUUACAUUUUCAUGUUGUAAUAAACUCCUGAAAUAAAAAUACGCUCACUUAAGAAAUUAUUUUAAUUCAAUUUUCUCCUUAUUAACUUUCUUUGAAAAUUUGAUUUGUAUCACUUUUUCUGAAAUUUACAAAUUGAUUAAAAAUUCACUUUUCAAUUCACACUCCUAGGAU